AUGGAUAUCUCGCUAGUCAAGUGCUACACAUGGAAUCAGCCUGAAGAACUAACGUGUCGAUGCCAAGGAAGGAAGAGCUUCUUGAGAAAAGCUAGCAGCCUGAUGCCUUUACAGCUGAACAUCCCAGAAGCAUAUGCCGUGAUGGCAUACAUUCCUAACAUCAACGAAAGGAAGAAAAGCCUGCCUAACUGCGGUCAAUCUCGAUUAGCACCAGGGUCGGAAGGGCUGAGGCUCGGAGGCGGGACAGGGGUAGAUCGUGCAGGUCGAUGUAGAUGUCAGGCACGGCAAGUGCCGGAAGGGAGGGAAAGGAAGGAAGAGAGGAAAGGACAGGAAACGAAAGGAAUGGAAUGGAAAAGAAGGAAGCAUGCAGCGACGCCUCUGGAGGGAGACAAGUCCUCGUCAGGGCAGGUCAGGGAAGGGAGAAGUGAAGGCAAGGGAAGGGCAGGGCAGGGCACGAGGCGAAGCUGCUGCGUUGGGCUGCUGCUGGCUGGAUGGCCGGCUUCCGAGUGUGCUUGGGUGUGCGUAGGACAGGACAGGGGAGCGUAG